AACAAAACAUAUGGGCUGCAUAUGAAAUCUUGGAGAUGUUCUGUGAAUUCGUUCUUGUACGUGUUCCCAUUCUUGAAAGCCAGAGGGAGUGCCCAUCAGAAUUGUGUGAAGCCGUUGCAAGCAUAAUCUUUGCAGCACCCAGAUGCUCAGAUUUGCCAGAUUUGUUGCAUGUGAGGAAUUUAUUUGCUGCAAAAUAUGGGAAAGAGUUCAUAUCAAUUUCAGCUGCGACUGAGCUUCGUCCUGAUACAAGUGUUAACCGUACAGUAAUUGAGAAACUUUCAGUCAGUGCUCCAUCUGCUGAAUUAAAGCUCAAGGUAUUGAGGGAUAUCGCAAAAGAGUACAAUGUGAUGUGGGAUUGGUCCAAAACUGAAGCAGAAUUUAGUAAAAAGCCCGAGGAUCUGCUGAACGGACCAAAGCAAGUAUACAGUGGCGCUGCACUAACUCAAGCUCCUUCCAAACAAGACCCUAAUGAACAUUCGCGAUCUAAUGAAGCACAUCCUAUGGUGUCUGCACAAACGAAAGAAGGGCUUGACCGGCAUCAAUCUCCAAGCCCUGGCAACUUCACAUCCAUGUUCGGUCAUGAUGGAGCUAAAUCAUCAAAUAAGAAUGACAAUGCGACACCUGUUAGAGAUUUAGGAAAUGAGGUGAGAUCACAAUCAUCUAAUACAUUGGAGAGAGCUCAAGCUGCUAUUGCGGCUGCAGAGCGUGCCACAGCUGUUGCCCGUGCAGCUGCUCAAUUGGUGAAUGUUAAAUUUAGCACACAGAAGCUGGAAGAACCGUAGAGUUAGAAGUGCCCAAUAAAAUGAUUUUGUUUUAAAAAGGUGUCGUGAUUUCACACCAACGUGUUGCUUAUCGAAUGAGAAAGAUGAAAAAUAAAAACAAAAAAUAAAAUGUAUGUUAAUAUUGUGAUGCAUUAUUGAUGUUCUCUCUAGUGUAUUCCAGUGUGAAUGAGUAUGGUGUGUGGUUAAACA